GGACUAUCACCCAUCAGCAGUGAUGCUGCUUUUUGGUUUGUGAUUGUUACAAGUGUCUGUGUUACCAACAAAAUUAAUCAUGGAUUUGAUAAAUUGUCUAAGGAUUGCGCUUUUGAUGCACGUGAUAGCAAUUUCUGAAAGUCGGAUUAGAAGAAAACCGAAACCAGCGGAAACUCAAAAUGAGGAGGCGAGUGGAAAAAUAUCGCAAAUACAAAAUCAACAGCCGAUUGCGAAUUACGACGAUUAUUCAUCUGAAUACGACUAUACUGAUGAAUACGACGAACACGCGUCAACGGAAUCUAGACCUCGCGAAAAUGGUAUCACAACUCCCCAGCCUCCAGACGAACGUCCAAUAAAUGAGUUUACGACCGAAAGAUUUUCACAGCCAGACAACGAGCGUCCCACCCCAUCUUUGCUAAUUCCAACUGGAACCGUAGACAUCCACAUUUUACACCCCACAAAACCGCCAACUGAUAGUCACGUGGGGCCCUACAGCUGUCAACACAAUGGAAAAUUAUACCGUGAUGAGGAAAAAUGGAGCGUUAACUUUUGCACAAAUUGUACAUGUGUACGAGGAAGCGUGGAAUGUAAAACUGAUGAGGACUGCAAUAAGGGCAUUAGACCAACUCGAGAACCUCAAGGUUUCGAUAUUGGCGCCGUUCCAGGACCUCGUGGUGAAAUAGGAUAUCCGGGAGAAGCUGGACGGCCCGGAGAGUCGGGAGCGCCUGGAUCUCCGGGCACUCCAGGAGUUCCCGGUCUGCCAGGUCCUCCGGGUCCCCCUCCAGACCUCACAGCAUAUUACCAACAAUUGGCCCUUUCGCAAGGGAGUCAAGACAAAGGACCGAGUUUCCCGGUUGAGCCAUUUCAGUAUUUACAAGCACAGGUUGGACCGAUAGGUCCUAGAGGUCCCCCUGGUCCGUCUGGAUUAACAGGACCUCAAGGUUUUCAAGGAACGAGAGGAGAGCCGGGUGAAGGGGGACCCCAAGGACCGCCGGGGCCACCCGGACCGAGAGGAUUACCCGGCCCUCCGGGAAAAGAUGGAGCUCCUGGAGAGGAUGGUGAAGCAGGUCAACCGGGUGCAAGUGGUCCUCCUGGACCCAGAGGAUUGCCGGGAAUGCCAGGUUUACCAGGUGUCAAGGGCCAUCGAGGAUUUCCUGGACUCGAUGGGGUUAAAGGGGAACAGGGACCUGCUGGUGAAAAAGGAAUUCCAGGAAAUCCAGGACCCGUUGGACCUACUGGUCCUGUGGGGCCUUCAGGGCCUAGAGGUGAACGAGGAAGAGAGGGUCCUCAAGGAUCACCGGGGUUACGAGGGAUGGAUGGCAUUGCUGGACCACCAGGACUCUCUGGUGAAAUGGGCAAGCCUGGUCCUCCAGGAUUUCCCGGAAUACCAGGUGCUAAAGGCGAUCACGGAAGCCAAGGUCCCAAAGGAAGUCAAGGAUUACAAGGGCCGCGGGGGGAAUCAGGCCGUCCCGGACAACCUGGAGAAACCGGGCUUCCGGGAAUUCCCGGAAAAGAUGGCUCUCCCGGAGAGAAAGGCAACCCAGGAGCGCCUGGUAUAUCAGGUCCUCCAGGAUUCCCCGGUGUUCGCGGACUUCCGGGAAUAAACGGUAGUCCAGGACAACCGGGAGUGAAAGGCAAUCAAGGUAGUCCGGGUGUACCGGGAUUCAAAGGAGAGAGCGGAACUAAAGGAGAAGCCGGUGCCCCUGGUCCUAGAGGAUUACCUGGAGUUCCCGGUUCGGAAGGAAAACGCGGAAAAAGAGGAAUGAGAGGCCCACCCGGAUCUGCAGGUCCACCUGGAGAGAGAGGAAUGCCUGGAGCAAGAGGGCUUCCCGGUCCGGAUGGAGCAGUCGGACCGAAAGGCCAAACAGGUGAUAGAGGCGCUGCAGGACCUCCGGGACCCAAAGGAUCCCUCGGUGAACCUGGAAGACCUGGAGCUGUGGGACCUCAGGGUUUACGAGGAUUAACGGGUAGGCCUGGUCCCCAAGGAAGAUCGGGACCUCCGGGUGAAAGAGGAGUGCCAGGUGCGGACGGAAAACCGGGAGAAACUGGACCACAAGGUCUUCAAGGUCUCCCGGGACCUUUAGGACCGCCAGGUGACAAGGGAUUGCAAGGAGAGACGGGGAAAGAUGGCGAACCGGGGCUACCGGGACCACCAGGACCACGUGGUGAUAAUGGUAAAGAUGGAGUGAUGGGACCUCAAGGACCGCCAGGACCUCCAGGAGUGGAUGGUGAGAGAGGACCACCUGGUGUUACUGGUCCUAGAGGCUUUCAAGGUUUACCGGGAGCACCGGGAAAUCAAGGAAUGCCUGGAAAAGAUGGCGAACCGGGAUUGCAAGGACCACCGGGAGUUCCUGGAAAUAUUGGGCCUCGAGGCGAAAGAGGAUUUCCCGGUGAAAGAGGACCGGUUGGACAACCGGGAACACCGGGUCUGAAGGGUAAUGUCGGAUCACCAGGUCCAGAUGGUAUUCAAGGCCCACCGGGGCCUCCGGGCAAUAAAGGACAUUCAGGGGCACCAGGUUUAGUCGGUUUACCUGGAUUGCGAGGACAGCCUGGUCCUCAAGGAGAGAAAGGCGAAAGGGGAUCAUUCGGUCCUAUAGGUCCCGAAGGACCACCUGGUCGACAAGGUGAAAGAGGCCAACAAGGGCUAAUGGGUCCACCAGGACCUCCCGGUGAACCUGCAGAAAGAGGCGAACCAGGUCCUCCUGGCUUACCCGGUGAAUCAGGAGCUCCAGGUGCCCCUGGCGAGAGAGGCCCUGUUGGUUCUCCAGGCUUACAGGGUUUCCCCGGACCUCAAGGAUUAAUUGGUUUGCCUGGAUUAAAAGGCGAUAGAGGAAUACCGGGAUUAAAAGGAAUGCAAGGAAGCCCAGGGCAUGUCGGUAAACCGGGAGAACAAGGACCACAAGGGCCAAUCGGUUUAACGGGUGCAAAAGGUGCUCGUGGAGAAGCAGGACCACGAGGAGACGCAGGAUUAAUGGGACCUCCAGGUCGUCCGGGAGAUUCAGGUCCACCAGGUCAUCCCGGAAAUGCUGGCCCACCGGGUCCAGCAGGAUUGCCUGGAAUCAAAGGCGCUUCGGGCGAUGCUGGGAAAAUGGGACUUCCUGGACCACAAGGCUUACCAGGUCCACCUGGAUUAGAAGGACUAAAAGGCGAAACGGGAGCUGAAGGAGCUGUAGGACCGCCAGGACCUCAAGGACCGGCUGGUUUGUCAGGUGAUAGAGGUUUACCGGGACUUCCCGGUCCUCCGGGAUCACCAGGAAUGAGAGGAAUGAGAGGAGCACCUGGCGAAGUGGGUACUCCCGGAAAACCCGGAAGUGAAGGCGCUCAAGGUCCACCGGGAUUAACUGGACCUCCAGGACCACCUGGUCCUACCGGAGAACAAGGUCCAGAGGGACCUACGGGAAAACCCGGAAUGCCAGGUGUGGUAGGAAGAACAGGAGAUAAAGGCCCUGUAGGACCAACAGGUCCUCCUGGUCCUUCGGGCUCUCCAGGCUUACCGGGUCCUCCAGGCCCACUUGGUCCCAUCGGAUUAUCAGGCGAGAGGGGUCCCCGGGGAGAAACCGGCCCUCAGGGGUCUGAAGGUCCCCCAGGUGAAAGAGGAAAACCAGGAGUCCCUGGGUUAGAGGGCAAAAAAGGAGACCGCGGCGAGCCAGGACCAGCAGGCUCCAAAGGCCAUCGCGGUUUAAUCGGCCUUCAAGGCCUUCCGGGUUCUCCAGGUCUUCCCGGCGAAAAAGGCUCACCGGGGAAUCCCGGACCACCUGGCAAAGACGGCGAAACCGGCCCCAGGGGACCGCCAGGAAGAGACGGAAGUCCUGGACCACAAGGAGUCCCUGGUCUCGUAGGGCCCCGCGGCAGUAACGGAAACGACGGCAAAAAUGGCCCAGCCGGUCCUCCGGGUCCCCCAGGCCCACCUGGACCUCCAGGAGAUGGCCUAGGUUACGAUGCAGCCAGUUUAGCAGCGCUACUAGCCCAAGGACAGGUGAAUAACCAGAAAGGACCGGAUCCACUCGGUGACGAGCCUGCUAGAAUUUUCGGAAAAUCGAUGUCUGAACAACAACGCAGAGAAUUCGUAAUUAAGGCCUACGAGCAGUUGAAGACCUCUUUCGAGAAGUUUAAGAAACCAAAUGGGGAGAAGAAUAAUCCAGGUACCACUUGCAAAGACAUUGCGAAUGCUUAUCCGGAAUUGAAAAGCGGGCAAUAUUGGGUCGAUCCGAAUGAAGGUGAUCCCAAGGAUGCGAUUCUAGUUUACUGUGAUAUGGAGCAGAAAAGUACUUGUAUUGUGCCAAAGCCGGAAAAAUCACCCGAAAUUUAUCACAAGGGAAAAGAAUCGGAAAUAUGGUUAGGGGAAAUUAAAGGCGGCUUAAAGAUUUCCUACAAAGCGCACAGCAAUCAAAUCGGAUUUCUACAACUCCUGUCUUCACACGCCCAACAAAACAUUACUUUUAACUGCAAAAAUACAGCAGCUUACUAUGACGCUGCGAGACACACGUACAAAAAAGGGAUAAAACUAAUGGCUUGGAAUGACGUGGAGUUAACUCCCAGAGGUAAUGCCCGAUUGAGAUAUGAAGCACUAGUCGAUGAGUGCAGAUUUCAUACAGACACAUGGGCCAAAUCAGUAUUGUCUUACAAAACAGAUAAGACAACAAGACUACCAGUUGUAGAUGUGGCAAUCAGAGAUAUAGGAAGACCGAACCAGGGGUUUUCAGUCGAAGUUGGACAUGUUUGCUUUUCUUAAGGACUUACACACAACACUUACAUUUCACUGCCACUGUAUAUAGAAGAGUAUCUUAAAUGUUGUAAAAUUUUAUAUUUUCUAUUGAUUUUCAUAAGGUGCUAUACAAAAAUGUAUUUUAAUAUAAUUUAGAUUAAAGAAUAAAUUCUUGAU